AUGGCCUCGCUGGACCUGCCCUACCGGUGCCCGCGCUGCGGGGAGCACAAACGCUUCCGCAGCCUGUCCUCGCUGCGCGCACACCUGGAGUACAACCACACCUACGAGACCCUCUACGUGCUCUCCAAGACCAACAGCAUCUGCGACGCCGCCGUGUUCCCGCUGGCCGCCGACGGGGCCCUGCUGGCCCCGGCUACCCGCAGGGACUACUUUGAGAGCACCUCCUUCCAGGGCAAGGACCAGCGCUUCUCCUGCGACCUGGUCCCCGCCGAGGAGCUGGAGCCGGCCCCGUCGUCGUCGCCCUCGCCCCGCUAUGUGCACGAGAUUGAGAUCCCGCUGACCGAGAUCUUCACCCGGGGCAAGGCCGUGGCGCCCGCGCCCGCCCCGCCGGCCGCCAUGGACGCGGCCUACGAGGAGGGCCUGGCCCGCCUCAAGAUCCGCGCCUUCGAGAAGCUGGAGGUGGACAAGAGGCUGGAGAAGCUGACGGAGGAGGUGGAGCAGAAGAUCGCCUCGCAGGUGGGCCGGCUCCAGGUGGAGCUGGACCGCAAGAGCUCGGAGCUGGAGAAGGCCAAGCAGGAGAGCCUGCGGCUGAGCCGCGAGAAGCAGGAGCUGGAGGACCGGGCGUCGGAGCUGUCCCGCCAGGUGGACGUCAGCGUGGAGAUGCUGGCAUCCCUCAAGCAGGACCUGGUGCAGAAGGAGCAGGAGCUCACCCGGAAGCAGCAGGAGGUGCUGCAGAUCGACCAGUUCCUGAAGGAGACGGCGGCACGCGAGGCCAACGCCAAGGUGCGGCUGCAGCACUUCAUCGAGGAGCUGCUGGACCGCGCCGACCGCGCCGAGAAGCAGCUGCAGAUCAUCAGCAGCAGCUGCGGCACCACCCCCAACGGCAGCCUGGGACGCUGCGGCACCCCGGCCACCAAGGCCAUCGCCCGAGCGAGAGAGCGGCACCCGGGGCCGGGGAUGGCCAUGCACGGUCCCUACGGCGUGUCCAACCAGCGCUCCUCCUCCAGCACCGGGGCCUCGAGCCGGGCCAAGGCCGUGUCGCAGAGCUCAGGCUGCUACGACAGCGACAGCGCGGAGCCGUGUCCCACGGACGACACGGCCGACGGACACCCCUACGCUGCCCGGGGCUCGGGGCUGCGCCGCCAGGCCAUCCAGAACUGGCACCGCCGGCCCUACCGCAACAGCACCGAGGGCGAGGAGGGCGACGUGUCCGACGUGGGCUCCCGCACCACCGAGUCGGAGGCCGAGGGCUGGGAGCCGGAGGCACCGGGAUCCGCCGCGCCCCGAGCGCCCGGCAGCUGCCGCCUGACGGUGGCCACCGACGCUGGGUGUCCCACGGCCAGGCCCGACGGGGCCGGGGGCAAGGUGUGCCGCCUGGAACGGGGCAGCCCAGGCCACUCCAGCGAGGUCAUCAGCCCCGAGAUCCUCAAGAUGCGGGCGGCUCUCUUCUGCAUCUUCACCUACCUGGACACCAAGACCCUGCUGCGCGCAGCCGAGGUGUGCAAGGACUGGAAGUUCGUGGCCCGACACCCUGCCGUGUGGACACGGGUGCUGCUGGAGAACGCCAGGGUCUCCUCCAAGUUCCUGGCCAUGCUAUCCCAGUGGUGCACCCAGAUGCAUUCCCUCACCCUCCAAAACCUGAAGCCACGCCAGCGGGGCAAGAAGGAGAGCAAGGAGGAUUACAUGAAGAGCACACGGGGCUGCCUGGAGGCAGGGCUGGAGUCUCUGCUGAAGGCCACGGGCAGUAACCUGCUGAUCCUGCGCAUCUCGCACUGCCCCAACGUGCUGACCGACCGCUCGCUCUGGCUGGCCAGCUGCUACUGCCGCGCCCUGCAGGCUGUCACCUACCGGAGCUCCACGGACCCUGUGGGCCAUGAAGUGAUCUGGGCUCUUGGAGCAGGCUGCAGGGACAUCAUCUCCCUCCAGGUUGCACCUCUGCAUCCCUGCCAGCAGCCGACGCGCUUCAGCAACCGCUGCCUGCAGAUGAUCGGGCGCUGCUGGCCCCACCUGCGGGCACUCGGCGUCGGAGGGGCCGGCUGCGGCGUGCAGGGCCUGGCGUCCUUAGCCCGGAAUUGCAUGAGGCUGCAGGUGCUGGAGCUGGACCAUGUGGCCGAGAUCAACCAGGAGGUGGCCGCCGAGGUGUGCCGGGAGGGGCUCAAGGGGCUGGAGAUGCUGGUGCUGAUGUCCACCCCGGUGACCCCCAAAGCCCUGCUGCACUUCAACAGUGUGUGCCGGAACCUGAAGUCCAUCGUGGUGCAGGUGGGGAUUGUGGAUUACUUCAAGGAGCCCCACAGCCCCGAAGCCAGGAAGAUGUUUGAAGAAAUGGUGAACAAACUCCAGGCCCUGAGGAAAAGACCCGGCUUCUCCAAGAUUUUACACAUCAAGGUGGAAGGAGGCUGUUAG